AUGGAAGAUGAGACAAAAUCAGCCAGUAGCGAUAUUAAGAAGAUUAAAACGACUACAAAGAAUAUUAAGAGAAACUCAUGUGUAAAACUCUCUGAAAAACUUUGGUUAGAUGAAGAUAUUGUAGCACGUGAAAUAUUGAGUAGACUACCGGUGAAGUCACUAAUGAAAUUCAAAUGUGUUUGCAAAAAUUGGAUGACCUUAAUUGAAGAAGAAUCAUCAUUUAUCGAUCUACAUCUCGAGCGUGCAAAAACACGACCUGGUUUCCUCAUCACCAAUUUAAAAGAUAACAAUAAAGCUACUUUCAUGAUUGCUGAUUUGUUUUUUCAAGACAGAGGCGGAGCAUUAUCUUCAUUGGCCGUUCAAACCAUAAGAAAGAUUGAUUACACUUAUAUUGAUACCAUGUUGAAACCUGUAGAUGGUCUAAUAGGUUUCUUUGGUGAAAAUAUCGAGCCUGGUGUUUGCAUAUGCAACCUAGCUACCCGGGAGGUAACACCCUGGAUAAAGUCAACUUCUCUUAGUAAUCUACGUAAAGAAGACCGUGAACCGUUUAGCUUUCCAUGGGCUUCUUGUACAUUGGGUUAUGAUCCUGUCACCAAAGUGCACAAAGUAGUUGGGAUAUGGAGGUCUGAGCAACCUAAACGUUUAGUUGGUGAGGUCUUGACUGUAGGAGACAAUAAAUGGAGAAAAAUCGAUGAGGUACCGCCGCAUGAAUUAGAAUAUAUUGGAUCUUCUGUUUAUAUUAAUGGAUUGAUAUAUUACACGACCCAGAUGCUUUCUAUAUGGGAAGCUAAAUGCAAAGAUACACCAAGAUACCUAGUGACUUUUGAUCUUGGAAGUGAGAAAUUUAAAGCAAUUAGAGUCCCCUCUGGAAUUUUUUACCACCCUACAAAUGACUGUUUUGCCUAUUAUCGUGUUAAGUUAUUGGAAUUGGGUGGUCGAUUAGCACUACUGGUAGAGUCCUCUGAGAGUAAUGACAUUCAUGAUCUGUGGUUAUUCGAUAAUGAAGAUAAAAAUAAGAGAGUUUGGGUUGCAAUUCCUCUAGAAAUACCUUACCUAUCAGAUGGAAGUAUGUAUAAUUCUGUUCAUCCGGUUUUAGGAACCGACCAAAUUAUUCUAACCUCCACUUUUCGAUCUUCUGUUUUGUCAUCUGCAAGUGAGAUUCCUAAUACAACUUGUUACUCGUACAAUUGGAAAAACGAGACUCUUAGUAAGGUUGAUGUUCUUGGGAUCCCCUCCUCUGGUCCAUGUUUUUGUGCUGCAUCAAGAAACACCGUCUCCUUGGAGAGCCUUUUACCUGUUCAGAAGCGCAGAGUCCGUACUAUUGGAUCCCUGCGUCAGUUCUUAACUCCUGAGCAUUACGUGCCUCCUCAUAUUACCUCUACAAGGACUACACAUGGUCUGGAAGUCUUCUCCCUCCAACAAAUGCGUUGGUAG